UCUCACUGCGACGAAUACUCUAUUUUCGCUAACUUUUCCGCAAUGCUAUAUGUUCAGGUGUAUAUAGGUCCGGUACUCGUGUUAGCGGGUAUCGAGUAACCUAUCUAAGAAGCAUCUACACGCAAAUCUUUAAUAAAAAGAAGAAAAUGUGAUAUGGCUAUCUAAUCGCGGCACAUGAUUGCAUGUUGCUGUAAUAGUAAUGUAAUUCAAAUGUGCUUUAACGCAGAUCGCAUUGACCGAUAAAUAAUGAUUCACGGUAGUCCAACAGCGAGAUUACGAAAAAAAAUGAAUUUAAAUUAACCGACAACGGUUAGUAACGAUUUAAUAAGAAACACAGACACAACGAAAGGUAGGCACUUGUUCUGAUUUGAAUAUGCGUGUAUUUAAAGUUUUGCAUCUCAAGUAACAAACUGUCGUACAAAUCGAAAGCGUGACAACGAGAAAUCUCAGUAAGAUUUAAGAAUUUUUUCGUCUGUUUCAUACGAGAAAGCCAAAAGAUAUCGGAAAUUUCAUUCGUACAAGGUGUACUCUGUUGACACAUGUAAAUAUUUGAUCAAUGCAUCGGACAAAGUCGAACACUGUACUCUCUUGUCUCUGAUACAACUUCAAUUCAAAGAUUUCAUUAUUUUUCAAAGUGCCUUCCGCCCUUGCACGCAAACAAUGGUAAGAUCACCUCUGUUCACUCUGCUGGUGUAGUAAUUAUUUUCUUUUCUGCACUGACAAUGGUAUCUUUCAGAGAGACGGAAUAAGAUUGCGUCAACAUGUUUCCAAAAGAUCUGCCAGUGAUGCGCUAUACGAUGAUAAAGCUUCUUCAAAGAAGAAAGAAGUACUGCCAAAUGAAACUCAACAUUUACUUUUUUUGUUUACAUUCUAUCUGUUUGUAUCUAUUAUCAUCAUUACAUUUGAGAAGAAAUUGCCCGAGCCGUUGAUGGUAAAUAAAGAAAGUCUACAUCCGGGAAAAUUUAUAGCUGAAAGAGCGCAUAAUCAUCUUCUGAAUAUCACGUCCAUUGGGCCACGAAUUGUUGGAAGUUAUGAGAACGAGGUGUUGGCAAUUAAAUAUUUAAGAAACAUUAUCAAUAAUAUAGUUAAAGAUGCCAAUGAGAAUCAUAAGAUUAUGGUUAAUGUAACCAAGCAUAGUGGAGCUUUUCCUUUAAAAUUUCUGGAUGGAAUGACAAAUGUAUAUAGAAAUGUACAAAAUGUCAUUGUUAAGAUUGGUCCUCAUAGACAUACGCAAAGCAGUUUAUUGAUAAAUUGUCAUUUCGAUACUUUUCCAGAAAGCCCUGGUGGUUCUGAUGAUGGAGCUAGUUGUGCUGUGAUGUUAGAAAUUUUACGUGUGAUUUCUCAUAGUCCAAAGUUGUUAAAACAUAAUAUUAUAUUUUUGUUUAAUGGUGCUGAAGAAAACUUAUUACAGGCAUCCCAUGGUUUUAUAACGCAACAUCCUUGGGCUAAGGAAGUACGAGCUUUCAUAAAUUUAGAGGCUUGUGGUGCAGGUGGUCGUGAAUUAUUAUUUCAGGCUGGUCCUGAUAGCUCUUGGAUGCUUCAGAUAUAUGCUAAAUCUGUUCCUUAUCCCUAUGCAUCAUCUUUAGCCCAAGAAAUAUUUGAAAGUGGUAUUGUACCUGGAGAUACUGACUUUCGAAUAUUUAGAGACUUUGGAAAUGUUUCUGAAGGGAUAGUAUUAGAUAAUUAUUUAUCCGAGGUGCCACUUCAAGAUCAUACGGGAAACCCUGUGUUUUUUGACUUUUUAGGCAUAUUUGUAGUUAGGUGGCCACAGUAUGUGGCAAGUACAAUUAAUAUUAUUAGUAUAAUCGCUGACGUAAAGAAGUCAAUAUAUUUAAAACAUUUAUUAUUAUGCACCGGAGCAAUAAUCGUUUCAUGGAUGGUAUCUAUACUUUCAUGUACGUUGAUUGCCCUUAUUCUUACUAAACUUGGGAAAGUUAUGAGUUGGUAUGCGAGACCAGCAUGGUUGUUUUUCCUAUACGUAGUCCCAACUAUCUUUAUAUCAAUGACAUUUUUCUUAUUUGUUGGAUCACGUCAAAAGAAGGAAGUUAAAUCUGCAUGGAUUUUAUACCAAAUAUAUUGUGAUUCGUAUUCUAUAAUAUGGAUAUCUGUUCUUUUCUAUUGUGUUAUAUUUGAGAUACGGUCUGGUUUUAUACCAUUACAUUGGGUCGUAUUCCCUACUGUUGGAAAUAUAUUUCGAUGUAACUUCUUUAAUAAAUGGAGAGGUUGGAAAUGGCUGUUUUAUUAUUUAAUAACGAUGUGUCUACCUUACAUCCAAUCAUUUUACUUAGUAAUUGGCGCUCUUUAUCUUUUUAUUCCCAUAAUGGGACGAUCUGGUAGCAGCAUAAAUUCAGAAGUUGUUAUGGCUAAUAUGUUGUGCAUUCUCUUUUCUUUAUUACUUAGUUUCACGUUACCAUUUGUACUUUUAAUAAAAAAUGCGGAGAGAAUCCUAAGCGUAUUAGUGGGGAUAUUUUUGAUAACUGUAGGGGUAUUAAUUUUGACUCCACUUGGCUUUCCUUAUAGUGGUGAUUUAUCGUCGUUGGCACCGGAGAGAUUUAUGAUUGCGCACACACAAAGACAAUAUUACGAUGUAAAUGGUAAUUUGCGGCACUCUGGGACAGGUUAUUGGAUAGCUGAUUUAGACAUGAAUAGUCCACAUAGUGUGGAAGCCAUGGUACCUGAAAUAGGUGCUGUAACAUCAACAAUAAAAGAUUGUGAAAAAGAAUUAUAUUGCGGUCUACCAUAUUUUAUGCCUGUUACGACAUUUUUAUGGAAAACAAGCUGGAUUCCAGGUCCUGCACCGUUGAUUACUAUACCAACAAAACUUGAACUCAUUUCAAAGUCUAUAAAACAAAAUAGUGUUAGUUUCACCUUCAAUGUUACAGGUCCCGAUCAUAUAAGUAUAAUUUUAUCUCCAUACAAAGGUGUUCGUUUAAGAAAAUGGUCUAUUUUGGAAGGAAAACCGUUAGAAGGACCUAAAUGGAAUGAUAGAGAAACUUAUUUCAUCUAUUAUUCUUGUGCAUCUGAUUGUGUUCCGUUUACAUUUUCUCUUGAAUUGAAUGGAAAUAGCACGCCGAAAACUCCAUAUUUAUCAGUAGCACUGGGUGGUCACUUUUUACACGGUGAACAUCAAACAUCUUUAAGAUUUAAACGAUUCUUGGCACAAUUUCCGUCGUGGACAGUCGUCACCCCGUGGACAGCUACGUAUACCUCUUGGCAAUUUUAAUAUUACGUAAAACUGCUUAUUGUACCGAAUCUACUUGAAUGCAUUUUCGUGCAAACGGUUAACGACAGCCUAAUAGAAACGGUACUGUACUACGUUUAAAAGAUACAUAAUACCUAACAAUGCAAAUUAUAAGCUUAAGAAUUAGAAUAAUCUCGUAUUAUACAUGCUAAUUCUUUGCAAUUGCAAUAUAACAGAAAUACAUCGAUUAAAAUUUAGGGGAAGAAAAUGUUGACGAAUGAAACGUUUUUCAUUCUAUUUAUAUAUAAAUUUUUUACUAGCACAUUAUUAGAUGAGAUCGAAAGAAACUUUUGAGAUAGGGCUAAUUUAAGGUAGAAUUGCGAUGCGAGGAUUAACGAUUGGAAAAAUUUUCGAUUUCCUUAAUUGUAGCUAUCGUAGACUACCGUAAUUUAGCAUAUCAAACGUAUGCCUUAGAACCAUAGCUUUAUUUAAUUUUUAAAUGCCAGAGAAACAAUAAUCUUAAUCUGUAAAAGCAGAUAGUAGUCCGGAAGGUGUAGAAAUAUUGCAAAGCCAUCGCCAUGUGAUGAUUAUCUUUUUAUUGUUAUUCUUACGGUUGAGAAUAUUGUUCAUCGAAGCAACGUGACCAUGUGCAUUUUAUGAUCCUGUAUGGGAUAGUUUAGAAGCACAAACGCGCAAUAGUCUGCUUUAUUAUACAUCAUCGUAUUAAGGUAUCUUUCGAUUCAAUUUAAAACGAAAUUAAUCUAUAGCAUUUCAAUGUUCUCACCAUCGAAUUUUAUAGUUAAUUGCAUACAUUUACGUAUUCAUAUUUGUAGCAAAUUUUGUUGAGUUUUUUUUUUGUAUUAUUACGAUUGUUUGUAAUGAGAAUCAUAUCAGAUUUAUUUGGCGGAAGGUUGGAUAUAUAUAUUUAUUAGAAUUUAAGAAUGUGACUUGUUAAUGUUGAUCCUUUUAUCAACUUGAUCUGUUGGUGUUUUUAUCAAGUUGCGUUUUUGAAGGAAAAACAAUUCUUUAUUUCGUUAAUUUCCAAGAGACUGAAGUUACUAUAUAAUUGUUAAUUUAUGUAAUGUUUUUAUAUCCUUAACAAAUGUAUGCAACAGUUAUAAUUCAAAAUCAAUUUACAUAGGAUAUGAAGAAGAGAGUAAAUAGUUCAAAAGAUUAAAACGCAUAUUUAAUUAAGAAAUAUUUACCGAAUUACACACGUUCAAGUUUAAUUAUAAGAAAAUAAUGCCAAUAUUGAUAGCCAAUUUUGUAGUGAGAAGUAAGUUCAAAGUAUUAAUAGGAAAUAAUAUGAGAAAUAUAAUGAUAGUACUUUUACACCAGUGUAAAAGAAAAACAUUUAAAUGCAUGUACGCUCAGCUUGUUACAAAAGCAUUAAAAAAUUUAAUUUUCUACAAUUAACACUCGAUGAUCUUGAAUUUGACUUCGAUAGAUAGACAUUGUUGAUUAAAAAUUUGUUUAGUCAGCAAAAGAUUGGAAUGUUUCUAAUCUUAUUUUUUACGUUCUUUGUGAUAUUUCCUACAAUCAGUUGAAUAUUUAAAACAGGUGGUGAUAUAGCGUGUAAUUUUUGUUGCUUUAAACUGAUAAUUAUGUAACUUCUAUUGCACAAAUUAUUGUCAAUGAUUCUACUUAACUAAUAUCGCACAACGUUGAACACAUCAAGAUAAUUUUGUUACGAUAUUAUUUAGUACGUAUUGUUACUUGUCAAGAAUUGGUUUUAUUUGGUUAUAGUUAAGAGUAGCUGAUAUAAGGCGGCGAAUAUUAUUGUUGUCCCUCAAUCUUUUUGUUUGCUCUUUAAGAAUUUAUGUAUUUAAAUAUCCUCGUAUUCCUAUAUCUUUCCAAUGUUCACAAUAUCAUGUUACAUACGCGUUAUUAUUGUUAUUUAGCGUUUCUGGGUAAACGACUAAAGUUUAACACAAAUGAACAAUAAAAGUGUUGAUAAUUAAAUCUUCACGUUUAUUAUCUUCUUCCCGUUGCAACCAUGUAUGUACGUAUAUAGGUGUUAUCACAAACUUGUUACAUUAUAAUGAAUGUUUUUUUUGUCGUACUUAUUGAUUCAUCAUAUAAAAGACGAAUUGCCCAUAGAUAUGUAGCCUAUGUCCAUUGAUUGAUCGUAUCAAUUUCCUGUUUCCGCGGUCAACGAUUACGCAUACUGCCCAGAUAAAUUCCAUUAUCUGAAUGGAAUCACACACCUUUGGCAGGCAUUUAAUUUCAAAACACUCCUCAACGUCUCAAACUUUCCGCUGCUUGACAUUUUUUAACUUUCGAAUCUUCCAAUACUCAUGUUUUUAGUUUCCAUUUUUUAAAUCCUUAAUUCCCAAAUACUACGACUUUUCGGAAUUUUAAGCGUUCAAAUUAAAUUUAAAAAUUUUGAAAUAUUACGAAUUCCUAAUUUUCAAGUUUCAAAUCUUUUCAAAUCUUGGAAUUCUUUUUCUUUUCCUUUAAUUUGUAAAUCUGUAAUCUUUUUAAACUUUAAUAAUCAACAUCCAAACAUCUAUCAGUGAUCCAUCCUUGCAGAUCAUCUUCAUUCAAUAAAAAGCCAACAAUCCUGUUUCCAACAUAAUUCAAUUUCUGAUACUUCAGUUAAUCCCACGGAACAAAAUGAUCUAUUCCAACUGCAAGUUGGAAUUUCAAUACAGUAAUGUUGAAGCAGUCGUAUCACUUCCAUCCUAUUGUAUCAUCGUGUCAUUAUCAACCACGCGAAUGACCUUGAACUCUUCCAAAGUCCUAGCGACAAUUGAAAUCCUCCUGAAAACUUCUUCAAAAUCUCAAUUCUUUUCUCUCCUUUUGCUCCUCCCACUCCCCCUCCUUUUCUCUUUCUUUCUCUCCUCGUCAGCCGGUGGUUUCGCAAGAAACGUGUCAAUAUUGACGCACCGGCAUCCUGUAAGACGAGACCGAUUUCCUGGUCGGGGCGACACUGAUCUGCAAACGGAUCGUGGUACUCGACUCGCGUAAAAAAUCGACUCGAUAAUCGCGGCUCCAGGUUCGUUGAUUCGUCGCAAUUCCGUGUCACGGGCUACCUGUUACACUCGACUCGAUAAACCACAAGGUCCGUGGAGGGGAACAAGAAAAGAAGAAAAAGGAAG